AUGACCAACAUAAGUAGGUCACCCUUCACGGACGAGAUCGAGCAGGCAGAGCCUCAACGUAAGUUUAGCAUGCCACACUUUACAUCUUUCAAAGGAGAUAGAGAUCUGGAAAGGCACUUGAAGCAUUAUCAAAGCACGAUGAUCCUUUAUCGGAGCAAGGAUGCCCUUAUGUGCAAAAUCUUCGCCAUUACUUUGCAAGGCGAGGCGCAAGAUUGGUUUCAUACCUUGCCACCACGAUCCAUCCGAAGUUUUAAUGAUCUUUCUUUGGUUUUCACCAAAGAAUACUCAUCCUACCACUCGAUCAAGAAAAAGUCCGACCACUUAUUUAAUGUGAAGAAAAACCCAAAGAAGUCGCUCCGCGACUAUGUGAAGAGGUUCAAAAUGGAGAAGGCGAAGAUCGUCGUGUGCGACGACUCGAUAGCGAGUGCAGCCUUCCAAAAAGGACUCCCAGCAGACCGCCCACUGUUCGGAGAAAUGAUGAUUAAAGAAGAUCUAACUCUAGUAGACUCAUUUGCUCUAGUAAAGAAUCAUGCACUUUGGGAUGAGGCUCGACGAACAGAGAAGAUGCCCGAGCAGCCUCGAAAAGAGUCGGCAAUGGCUCAAAGAAAGGAGGACAUGAAGCAGUCCAGCAAAAGCAGGCAGGAGGUCAAGCGUAAGGAUGGCCCCAAGAACAAAGAAAGCAUGGCGACCAAGAACUAUUCUAAGUUCUCAAUUUCGAUCCACCAAAUCCUUCGCGACAUUAAGAACGAGCCAUGA